GAAUACUCCUUGGCUCUUUGGCCACUCGUGCGCGACAAGAAUUCGGCCUGUCACGGCCUGCGGCCGUGGGAAAGCGGCCAAACUGUCAAAGAAACGUGCUUCCCGCGCUUCGUUUCUCGAUUCAAUAUGGCAGCCGGCAGCUUGUUGUACCGUGAGCUUCAGUGGCCGCCACCAGGGUCGUGACGAUCGAAAAGCGUUUUGUGCUGCCCUCUGGCAGUUAGUCAACGCGAUAUUUCCGUAUUUAGCGGGGACGAGUUUCCCAUAUGGCCGUGCCACGGCCCUGGUUCACGUUAAAAAUAUUCGGGCGGCCGGUCGCGUGUUUAUUUUAUACUUCAUUAUAAAUUUAUUCGGUCUUUUCGGAGUUGAAAACUCGCGGCGAAAUGGGCCUGGAGAGGUUCGAAAUCGUCUUUGACAACCCGCAGGCCGUUUUCUACGCCGGCCAAACCGUGACCGGCCGAAUUGUGGUCAUCAACAGCACGCCCAAAUGUUUCCGAGGAAUCAAUGUCAAGCUCAAGGGCAGGGCCGAAGUGAACUGGUCGGAGGUCACGGAGCAAGCGAGCAGCCCCCGCCCUACCAACCAUCGCAACACCAAUGAAGUCACGGAGAUUUUUUCCUCGGAGGAAACUUACUUUGAGACGCAGUUCAACGUACUCGGCAGCGGUGAGGACGUGAACCUGAACCCUGGCGAGCACUUUUACCCCUUCAACUACGUCCUUCCGAGCAACCUGCCCUCGUCCUUCAAGGGCGAUUACGGACACGUCCGCUACACCAUCCUGGCCGUGGUGGACCGACCGUGGAAGUUCGACUACGAAGCCAAGGCGGCCUUCACGGUCAUCAGCCCCCUCGACCUCAACGCCGACCCCAAAUUGGCCGCUCCGCUUUCGAAGGAAAAGAUCAAGAUUUUCUGCUGCAUGUGUUGCACCUCGGCUCCUGUCUACGCCACCCUCUCCCUCCCCUGCGGAGGGGUGGUGCCUGGAGAGUCGCUGGCCCCCACCGUCGAAGUCGACAACAAAUCCAGGGUCUCCAUAUCGCAAAUCAAACUUCAAUUAAUCAAGACCGUGACUUACAAAGCUCGGGGAGGGAACGACAAGAAGUGCAAGGUGAGCAUUGCCGAGAAGUACCUUCCCAAGGUCAAGCGGGGAGCGUCCGAGGUGUUCGUCAGGGAGGCCGGCAUGCAGAUCCCCCCCAUGCCUCCCUCCAACCUGGACAACUGCUCCAUCAUCGACCUCGACUAUCACCUCAAUGCGUACUUUGUCACGUCCGGUUUCCACUUUGAUUUCGAAAUGCGGCUGCCCGUGGUGGUCGGGACGAUCCCGUUUUCGGCCAACUUCGGCCAGUUCAACGCGCCACAAGCCGCGGAAAAUAUUAUGCCCGUCGGGUGGAACUUCAGUCCUUCGGCGCCCCAAUUGGAUGAAGCGCCCAACUACCCUGACAUGCCGCCUCCGUCGUACGAAGAGUCCGUGUUUGGCGCCAAAAGCAUCCAGGAGAAGUCGGACAAUCAGUACAUGUUCAUGAACAAGAACUUCGCGCCGAUGUACCCCGUCUAUCGCCAAUCCUAGAAUCUCUCUCUAUUUAAAACUGGGACGACAGAAGUUUUAGUUCAUUUCUGAAUGUGAAUUAAGGCCAAAUUUCAUCACCAACAUCAAAAUCGAAUUAAAUAAAUUCGCGACGGGAAUUUAUUCUGACUGGGUUUGAAAAUUGAACUUUGGUGGGGAUUUUUUUAUAAAAACACGACUGCCUUUACCUAAUUUAGAACUUUGUUCCAUCAGGACUUCCCUUGAGAGUAAAAGUGAACCCUGUCUGAGACCCUGGUUAAAAAAACGUUUGGGGGUGAAAAUUUUUAAAUCGCGAUUUUGCUGCUAAAUUUGGUCUUUUUCCUUUCAGGAUGGCGAGGACGCUUGAUUCAUAAUAAAUUAUUAUUGCCGCAAUACUCUCUAUUUGUAAAGUUCUCCAAGUUUCGAUCAAGUUCUAUCUCAAUUUGAUAUUAUUGCCGGAUGAUUUUAAUUGUUGUUUUGAACACAAACUGUACCUUAAACAUAAUAAUAUCUCUGAAAACAGAGAAAGCUUGAUGCCGUCUUAAAAUUAAAAGCUAUUGCUAAGUUAAAAUGAACUUCUCGUAAUAAUGAUGUGGUGCAGCUUCAGUCACGCACGUGUGGUAGUAUUUUUAAAUAUUUACUGAAUGUCAUUGUAACAAAACAUGCAGCUUUUUAGCUGAAUAUAUAAAUAUUCCUCUAACGCAUAAUGUACAAAAAUUUAAUUUUUGAAGCAAAUUUUGCAUCAAAUGCGCUGCUUUAUUGUGCAGAAUUAUAAAUGUGUAUACAAAUACAUUUGAAGUAAUUCUUUUGUGUCUUAUUUUACCUCAUUUCAGAGGAAUGUGAUAAAAAAAUAGUUGCAACAAUUGGAAAAAUAGUAAAAAUCAUUGUAAUUUUAAUGGAAACUAUUAUAUUUGCAUAAUAUAGAAAAUAAAAUUCAAAUGCGCACUGAAAAA